AUGGCUGAUUACCAAACAAUUGCCUUGAAAAUAGCAGAAGAAACUGGAAAUGUUGAACAGAUUGGGGUGAUGAUGACUGGAUUGAAGGCAAGAGUUCUGCCAUACGCUGCAUAUCAUGGACUCGCGCGGAGAGAGCGUAGUCGUGAACAAGAAAUGCUCCGACCGCGUGGAAUGCUCCGCCCAAAAUGUGGGUUGCCUGGACAUCGACUCUCAGAAGGUGUGCGUGUCGUGCUGCGACGAGAACUACUGCAACGAGGCAGUGCCCACCAACCACAGCAACCACAGCACGCGGUUCUGGCCCAACACGCGGACUCGCGCCCUUUUGACGCGCGCAAGCCGGCCGGCGGGCCGCGGCGACGCGGCGCGGCGCGGGCGAGGCAGGGCGGGCGGCAGGCGGAGGCGGGCGGCGUGGGCUGGCCCCUGCGGCUGCUGGCGCCUCUCUGCCCUGGCCCUGGCCGCGAGGCCGCGGGGGCGGGGCUGGCCGCGCCGGAGGCGGGCGAGGGCCCGCGGCCGGCCGCGAGCCGGGCCGCCUCGCCGGCGGCAGCGCCGGGGCGGCGCGCUCGUCGGCGGCGGCGAAGGCGCGGGACGCGCGUCUGUAGCCCCCCAGGAGGCCCUCGUUCGCGCUUUAGACCCAGCCCCCCCCCACCCCACCCCCACCACGCACGGCCGAGCCCCCACCGGACGCCGGGCGCACAGUUCAUCUGCCCCGCCCGCAACUCCGCCGCCCGCCCGCCCGUCGCCAUGCGCGCCGCCGUGGUCGCCACCUUGUCUCCGCUCGGGUCCUCCGCUUCCUCUCCUCGUCACCGCCCGGAGAUUGCCUGCCACCGGCGCCCUUUCGCCUUGGGCGACGGGGCCGUCGUU